UGUGGCUUCUCUCAGCCUCGUGCUUGGCUUCUUGUGGGCUGCUCCAUGCUUUUCCUGGCUUCUCUCUGUCUCUGGGUAGGGGCUUGAGCCCUAGAAGCUUUUGCAAUCGAGCGCAAAUACCUUCAUCUGCCCUGGGUGGGAGGUGGCACUUGUUGCUGGGAUCUCCCGUGACUGCUGGUCAUGAUGGUUUUAGGAGAAGGAUGUUUCUGUUUUGAGAAAAAUGGAGAUCUGGCAGAACAGGGAUCUGGUGCUGCUAUAAAACAUGCUGUCUGCAAACUCAACCCUUGACACUCAGUGUGAUAUUGCAAAGGGCCUGGCUGGAGUCAGAGAGCAUUGCCUCUCCUUGUCUUCAUAUAGGCAGAGUGCUGGGACAGUCCUUGUCGUUCUGUUUGAACUUCAGCCACCAGAGUCUCCAAGUGAACAUAGUUUUGUUUAGCUGGAUUUUUGGUGGUUUUGAUAACCUAUAGAUCCACAUCCAGGAAGGGCUUUGUUUUGCACUGUACGAGGGCUGCAUUUCCCCUUUCCUGUUUGUAGGAAGGAAAUGUCAUGGGUUACUUGAACAUGAAAGGAGGAGCAUUCAGAUCCUCGUUGCUUAUGCCAGCCCACCCUGAGACCCAUUUCCAGUUUGCUUCAUAAACUGUCCUGCUUACUGCAGAGCUGCUGAUCUGCCCAUGCUGUGCAGAGAAGGUCCAACACAGCUUCCUCACAGCUGCCUGCUUACCCUGGCCACAGGACACUGCCAUCAUAGUUAAACACUUUGAAGAGUUAAAAGUUCUACAGUAGACAUGUGAGAAGUAAAGGCCCUUUUUUCCCCUUUCAGAGUUUUAAAGAAGUUAUUAAAUACUGAAAAUAAUAGAAACGAGGAAGUUUUCCAUAUUUUGUGGCUUUAUACAGUUGUUUUGAGACCCCAAGCUCUUUUCCUGUGGAGGGUGUACCCCUUGUCUAGUCACUGCACUGGUGCCAUCUCCCACAUUGAUGGCACGAGAGGAGACUAAGUCCAUGGUCCUUGUGAGACAUGGCUGUCUUGCAGGGACUCCUAACUGUUGGUAAUAGUGGUGACCUCAAGAAACUGAAGCAGCCUCUGUGCUUCUGCUGCCCAGUGCUCCUGGCUGCCUGUCCUUGCCUCUUUGUGGGGCAAGCACAUGGUCUUUGUGGCUCUACAGUGAAAUCAUGGUGGAGAUCUCUUGUGGUUUUUUUUGUCUGUAUCAUUUUUCAGCCAGACCAGUUCCCUGGCUGCUUCUGGUGGCCCAGGGCUAGGAGACAUCCCGAGUAAGAGCAAGCAGCUAUGCACAUGGAGAGCAGCAAGCACGGGGAGGGCCUAGCUUGGGUCAAACUGCCCUGCUGCCAAACAUGAAAUCACAGCUUCAUGGUGCUGAUGUGCUUUCCAGCUCCUGUCAGGUUUACUCCCACCCUCCUUAAAUGUUGGUUUCUCAUAGUGUUCUUGCAGUGGUAUGGAGUUGCAAGGAGAGGUUAAAAAGCCAUUCCUGGCACCAAGGCAUACAGGCUUCCCAGGCAAUGCAGCACAAUGGCCAUGGCCAAAAGCUCCUGUCUUGCCUGUCUUUUCCUUUGAGAGGGGGCUGGGGGGAGGACAGCAGCCCCUCACCACGUGACUGUCCUGCUCAGGUUUAUUUUUAACCAAGGAAUGUGUUCACAUUGUGCCAUGAAAUGCAUGAGAUAACUGGGUCAGCCUGCCCCACAGUGAUCUAGCCAGCUCUCCUGACCUUAGCAGACUGAAUGUAUGGGAUUGCUCCAGAGUAGUUUUCAUUACUACUUUGCUCCUGCUCAAACAUCCAAACUUAUUUAGUGUCUUUUUUCUUUUUUUUUUUGGUGCCACUACAAAAAUUCUCUUAGUCUUGCAGUUCAUUUAAUGAGAGUUUCUUCCCUGUACCAGGUGCUUAAAGGAUGAACUAGAACAAAAAAGUGACCUCCCAUUUAUGCAGUGCAAACCAAACUGAGUGUUAGGUGCAUGGUGUCAUCCAUCUAGAGGGAAUGAAGAGUGGAUUCUGAGUGGCAGACAAACACUUGUGGCUCCUACCAGGGCAUUUGAGUUGAUGUUUAUGUGUUAUCAUUACAUGUUGCUUAAUAGCUUGUAAAAAACAAUAUCCGUCAAUGUGAGUCAGAGCACAACUUGAAUUACAACUUUAUGGGAACAAUUACAGUAAAAAUUAUGAUUCUAAGGUCAGUCAGGGUGAGAGCUGCCCCAUUAUUAAAUCCCUUGCUAUUCUUUGCUAUUCCAGAGCUUCAAAAGAGUCAAGAGAUGAAUGUCCGUUUGGUUGUACCUGCAGUGAUGGCUAAGCAGGAGUCCAGCCUUACUCUUUAUUCUGUACUCCAGCUUUCAUAGUCAUGGCCUUUCCACCUGUGCUUAGUGCAUCAAACUGAAGCCCUCACCCCGUGCUCUGAACAAAUGAGGUGCCAAGGGAGUAAAUAUGCUGAAAUCCUUUCUAGUUACCCCAAAUGCAACUCUUUUUUCAGCAGUGGAAUGGAUGGAACUUGAGGGUCUGUCACCCGUGUGCCUGCUGCCAAUGGGGCAAAGAAUCUUGAUGUGCUGCUGCCAGCUCUUGUGGGAUGGAAGUGGGUGGAAGCUCUUUCUUCUUUGCAGCCAAGAAACCAGAAGGCACUCCAUUCAGGGUGAAAGGACCAGCUAUGAUGUAAGGUGGCUUUGAUGGAAGCGUUUGCACAUGUCCAACAGCUGGUGAAGGCCUGGCCUGUGCCCUAGCCAGUCCUGGUAGAUCUGGUGCCUGAGGUACAGCACCCUUACUGAAGGUUGGAGGUAGAGUCUAGUUUUUUUGAUAGUACAGGGGUGGGUCCAGGAGAGGAGUAAAGGACAAGGAUGCAGAGACCUUUGGCACAGAGUUGGACAAUGUUGCUGAAAGUGGAACAAGGGGUUAAUACAAGGAACAGGAUGAAAGUAACAGCAGGAGCUUUACUUCCAGGGUGCCAGGAGGGCCCUUGGGUGAGUCCUGCUGGGCCAUGGAAAUUAUCUGCUAUGGUGGAAUGAAAGUCACAGCUGCACGUCCCUCCCAGGCAGGGCUGUUGGCCUGCACCCUGUCCUAAGUUCAGGCAAUGAAACAGCCUGGCUCAUGCCUUGUUAGGGAGUUAGUGCUGGUUCUUGCUUCUGGGGUUUCACUGUGUCAGUGGCUCUUUGUGUUGAACAGGGACCAGCGCAUCAGCCAGGAUGUGGAGAGGUUCUGCAGGCAGCUCAGCUCCAUGGCCAGCAAGCUCAUCAUCUCACCCUUCACUCUGGCCUACUACACAUACCAGUGCUUCCACAGGCUGGCUAGGCCCAGUGAGCAUCUUUGGCUAUUUCGUUAUUGGGACAAUUGUCAACAAGGUAUUGAUGAACCCAAUUGUGUCUAAACUUGUGCAGCAGGAAAAACUGGAGGGGGAUUUCAGGUUCAAGCACAUGCAGAUUCGUGUCAACGCGGAACCAGCUGCUUUCUACAGGGCCGGGCGAGUGGAGCACAUGCGCACAAACCGGAGGCUGCAGAGCCUGCUGCAGACCCAGAGGGAGCUGAUAGGCAAGGAGCUGUGGCUACACAUUGGGAUCAACACAUUUGACUACCUGGGUAGCAUCCUGAGCUAUGUCGUUAUUGCUAUUCCCAUCUUUUCUGGGGUCUACAGAGUCCUAAGUCCAACAGAGCUCAGCGCCCUCGUCAGCAAGAAUGCCUUUGUUUCCAUCUACCUCAUCGGCUGCUUCAGCCAGCUCAUAGACCUCUCCAGCACUGUGACUGAUGUAGCUGGCUACACACACAGGAUUGGUGAACUGCAGGAGACCCUGCUGAGCCUUGGCAGAAAAAAAAAUAACUACUCAGAAGCCAAAGCCAGCUGGGAUUUAGAUGGCAGCCAUUCUGAGGAGGACCCAGAGCCAAGGGACACAGCUUUCCUUCUGGAGCAAGUGACUUUCUCGGUGCCAUCGUCUGGCAAACUGCUCAUCAAGGACCUGAGCCUCAGGAUCUCACAAGGAAACAGCGUGAUGAUUGUCGGGAACACUGGUACUGGGAAGACAUCUCUCCUGAGGGUCCUUGGGGGACUCUGGGAGAGCACACGGGGGAGUAUCAAGAUGCUGACCUGCUUUGGCCCCCGGGGUGUGGUGUUCCUGCCACAGCGACCCUUCUUCACCGAUGGAAGCCUGCGUGAGCAGGUGAUUUAUCCCCUGAAGGAGAUCUACCCCAUUUCAGGGUCUGCAGAUGAUGAGAGAAUUAUGCGGUUCCUGGAGAUAGCUGGACUGACUGAUUUGCUGGUGAGGGCUGGAGGACUGGAUGAACAGGUGGACUGGAACUGGUAUGACAUACUGUCGCCAGGGGAGAUGCAGAGGCUCUCAUUUGCACGGCUCUUCUACCUCCAGCCAAAAUAUGCAGUGCUAGAUGAAGCUACCAGCGCCCUGACAGAAGAGGUCGAGCAUGACCUGUACCGUGUGUGCCUUCAGCUGGGCAUGACACUGAUCAGCGUGGGACACAGGGCCAGCCUGGAGAAGUUCCACAGCUGGAUUUUGAAACUUCAUGGGGAGGGCAGAUGGGAGCUUACUCGAUGUGAGAAGAUGAAGCGGCUCCCAGCUGCAGAAGAAUGCUGAAAAACAUGCCCUUGUCUGCCAGCCACAGAACCUGCUCAUGCAUGGAACAGCACUGAAUGGCAGACAUGGAGCUGCUGAGCCAACAGCUGUCAAUGGGAUUCAUCCAGUGCCAGACCAGUUCUGGAUUUUGCUGAUGGACACAUAACCAAGUCUGAACUCAUGGUGUGGGGUUUUGCCAGGAGCAGACAAAUCUAUGCCAUUCUUCUCUAAAGUUUUCUUAAAGAUCACUAGAUGAUCUUUAAGAUCACUUCCAACACAAACUAUUCUAUCAUUCUCCCAGCUCCCUACUUCUGCCUCUCACAGGGGAAGGGGCUGAGCUCCUAGGCUGCCAUUGAGAAGAUGCUGUCUCAUGGGGCUGGUAGAAGCAAUGGCUGGAGGAACCUCCACUUGCUCGGGAUGCAGUCGUUUGAAGCUAGGAUGCAGCCUCUUGUUUGCCCUCUAUGCCUUGCUGGACCUCUGUCUCUGAUACAGAGCAGAUCUGUACCUGUGGCACUAUUCAAGGUUGUGCUUCCCAGCAGGAGCUAAGGGAUGCACUGUAAGAGGAGGAGAAUACUGGCACAGGGAAGGGGAAUGUUUCUGCUCUCCUUACGACACAGGGUUACAUGUCAAAGGAACAUUUUUGUAUUCAAAUCUGGGGCCUGUUUUCCAACAAUGUUUAUGGAGAAGAGUCUGUAUUUGUUAACCAGA